CCUUCUGUUCAGCCUGAUGCCCGGAUGCCUGCUGAUCCAGCCAGAUGACUCGUUGCCCGCUGUCAUGCCAGAUGACUCGUUGCCCACUGUCGUGCCAGAUGACUCGUUGCCCGCUGUCGUACCAGAUGACUCGUUGCCUGCUGUCGUGCCAGAUGACUCGGUGCCCGCUGUUGUGCCAGAUGACUCGGUGCCCGCUGUCGUGCCAGAUGACUCGUUGCCUGCUGUUGUGCCAGAUGACUCGUUGCCCACUGUCAUGCCAGAUGACUCGGUGCCCGCUGUUCUGCCAGAUGACUCGGUGCCCGCUGUUCUGCCAGAUGACUCGGUGCCAGAUGACUCGUUGCCUGCUGUC